AUGGCCAUGUUUCGUGAAAGGCCAUGCUUGGGAAUAUGCAGAAAAUCAUCAACGGUUGACUGGUCCCAACUUCCAUAUGACCUCCUUGAAUCAAUUGCAAAUCAAUUGCAUGCCAUUGAGGAUUUUCUUGCAUUUUCUGCUGUUUGUCACUUGUGGCGGUUUGUACAUCUAAACAAAAACUGGACUCCAAAGACUCAUAUCCCAUGGCUAGUGCUCAAUGAGUAUCACAACAGUGAUGUACCCUUAAGACGUAUCUUCAGUACAUGUAAGUUCAAGGAACACAAAUUACUACUGCCUGAGGCCCACGGUCAUCAAAUUUGGGGGUCUUCUCAUGGUUGGCUUGUAACUGUUGGUCAGGAUCUCGGACUACACCUUUUGAACCCCAUUACUCGAGUUUGCAUUGAUCUCCCAACACAUUGCACACUAGGGAUUCAAGCUUAUGCAAAUGUUGAUUGGUUUAGUUUCAUACGCAAGGCCACUGUCUUCAAGAUUCAAGAUGAAUUUGUGACCAUGGCAAUUUAUGGACACCAUUACAGUUUGGCUUUUGCCAGACAGACAGACAGUGCAUGGACCACUGUGCAAGUUUCAACCCAUGUUCUUUUUAUUGACUUUGUGUGCUUUAAUAGUUGGAUCUUGGCACUUUCUGUGGUAGGAACACUUUUUCUUGUUGAGAUUGACGGACCCGAUCCCCCAAGAAUUCUAGAUAUUGCUUCACCACCGAAAGAUGAAAAGGGUUGGCAGCAAAUAUAUUUGGUGGAAUCAUCAGGGAACCUUCUGAUGGUAUUUCGUUAUGAAAACAUUUAUUUGCCCAAGACAGUAAAUUUUAAAGUGUACCAGUUUCACUUCAGUACUGGGCAGUGGACAAUAUUGGAGGACUUGGGAGAUCGUGUCUUAUUUGUGGAUGAUUUUUAUUGUACUUCAGUUUCUGCUUGUGAUGAUUUCAGAGGCAAUGGUAUCUACUUUACAAAAGACAAUUUGGAUUUUUUGAUGAGAAUUGAACAGAACUGGGAUGGACAAUAUAUAGGUCUAUACCACAUGAACGAUGACACCACUGAAAUCUUUCGCUUGGGCGAUGUUUCCCCUUCUUGUUAUACUUGCCCCAUUUGGUUGGUGCCUACGUUGUCAUAG